UUAAUUUUUUUUUCUGAUAGCCAAACAUAAGGUACCAGGAAGAAGUUUAUUUAGCCUAUAUAAUAAUUUUUUAGCAACAAAAGCAUGGAGCAAAUGCUGAUAGACAUCCUGUGUAAACUCAACUGUAUUGGUUAAAAACAUGGGAUUGCAUUUUAAACAUGUUUACAUGAAUAGACAGUAUAAGAUAAACCCAGUAGUGCGUCACAUUUAUCUCCAUCUGAGGGCUUGUUUCAUCCAACAUGCUUAUCAAAAAUGCAUUCUGCGAAACUCAUGCUGCAGUGAGCCGCAGAAAGCGAAGUCCCACCCCUUGUUUUUUUUAUGACUCUCUUUUUUAUACAGAGUAGUGAGAGAGUGAGUGAGUAAGAGAGCAGAAAGAGGAUGUAGAGGAGUAGUGAUGCUUUAGUACCCUGUCCUGCGCAGAGCAUGAACAAAGUGUGGAGGAUGAAUUCUCCGACAAGGAGCACUCAUUGUGAAAAUAUGGCAGAGGAAAAAUCAACUUCUUUCAGCUCGAGAACAUAUCUAGUGGAAGAUGUUUUUUCAACAAAAGGUGGAGAUUGAAGUUCCAACAACCAAUUUACAGUCUGUGUAAAGGUAAGCAAGAUUUGUGAAGCAUAAAAAUGUCGUCCUCUCCUGGUAUCAAACCUCGGGAGCAUGUGGACCUGGUGUACAUCUCCAUAGAGACCGCCAUCGCCCUGGCCUCUGUGCUGGGGAAUGUGCUGGUGGUGCUGGUUGUGUGCGUGAACCGGGCUCUCCGAGACACCACAUUCUGCUUCAUCGUGUCUCUUGCUGUGGCUGACAUUGCUGUCGGCGUUCUGGUCAUCCCUCUGGCCAUCAUAAUUAGCAUGGGAUUUAACACUCAAUUCUACACCUGCCUCUUCCUCUCCUGCCUGCUGCUCAUCAUCACCCAGAGCUCCAUCCUCUCCCUUCUGGCAAUCGCCAUUGACCGAUGCCUGAGAGUCAAGAUUCCUAUCAGGUACAGCACCAUCGUGACCGAAAGGAGGGCGCAUGUUGCAGUUUGCCUGUGUUGGAUCCUCUCGUUUCUGACUGGAUUGGUUCCCAUGAUUGGGUGGAAUAACCAUGAUGCUCAUAGAAACUCCAGCAACAUCAUCUGUAAUUUCACCACCGUCAUGAGGAUGGACUACAUGGUUUACUUCAACUUCUUUGGCUGGGUGGUGGUACCGCUGUCCGUAAUGAUUGCUCUUUAUGCAGAGAUCUUCAGGGUGAUCCGACGACAGCUAAACCGGCGAGCUGAGGCGACGUGUGAUGGAGACAGGUACUAUCAGAAGGAGCUGAAGCUGGCCAAAUCUCUGGCCUUGGUGGUCUUCCUCUUUGUUGUGUGUUGGCUGCCGAUACACAUCAUGAACUGCAUCACCUUCUUCUGCCGGGACUGUCACGUACCCAAGAUUGCCUUUUAUGUAGGGAUUUUCAUGUCCCAUGUGAACUCAGCACUCAACCCAAUGGUGUAUGCAUUCAGGAUAAAGCGUUUCCGUGUCACGCUGAUCCAGAUCACUCGACGUUGCAUGUUAUGUAAACCCACAGAACCAACUCCGACGACCAACAUACCAGCCCUGGAGAAGACGGAUAUGUAACAAAGUCGAAAUGGUGUACAGUGAGAUUAAUCUUAUGAUAUUUGGAAUAUUUACAGAUUAACAAACAAAAAAAGCACUUCAUUUAAUCCUGACCCAUUCAUAUUUCUGUGGCAUUAAGAUUUAAGAAAAUGAGCUUGCAUUAAAAAAAAAGGGACUACCACCAUCAGCCUGCAUUAUUUAGUUUUAACUUAAUGCUUCUUUAAUUGAUUCAUAUUGAAUUUUAUUAUACGUAUGUCAACGUGAAGUUAUCAAGAAACAUUUCAUGUUCAAAGGUUUGUUGCGUAAAUUCACCAGAAUAAAGAUACAAAGCUUCUUCAUUCAGUAUAUUUAUGUUGCAGUUCAUAUUUCACCUUUACAACCAUUUAGCUAUUUCAAAAAGCUGUGCAUCUCUGGUCAUGGGACAACUCAAAGAGCUUUUGGGACAUUCACACAUUUAAACACACAUCCAUCCACUUAAUAAUCAACACAAGCUGCAUGGCGAUGGUGGCUAAUCAGACUUGUUGAUAACUGACAAUCAAACCUCAUUUUAAAGAUUUAUUUUUUGCUCAGUUGAAAGAUGCUAUACAUAUCAAACAGCAAGGUGCAGUAGAACAACACCCCUGUCUGAGUUUAAUGUACAACAUCUGAAGGAAGAUUCAUAAAAAUGACCAGGGAAGCGGUAUUACAGUAUCCUGGGUACCAAUUUGUGAUAAUCCUUUUUUUAAAUAUGAAGCCAAUCUAAUGGAAUGAGUUGCAUAGAAGUGGCGUUUCUAUAGUGGCUGAUUUAUACACAGAUGUUGAAUUCAAAUCAUAUAUGGAUCUGAUCUGAAUGAAGAAACCUCUCCUGCCCAAUUACCAUGGUGGAAAUAUUUCCUAGUAAGAAGUGCAGUCAUAGCCCUCAUAAUAGUAGCACACGUUGGCAACACAUUUGAACAAAUGUUUAUCAGGACAAGAUCAAUCUAAAAUAAGCACACCUGGAAUCUAUAAAGAAUUCAUUAUUAAAAUAACAUCAAACUUUCAGGUAACAAGAGACUGUGGAGUACAGAUUUAGAUUGUGAUAUUACUGAAGAAGAGGGCUGCGUAGAGCCCAUAUAGUCUCUAAGGAUGUUUACGUAUGUUCGGGGGAGUGGGAAUUUGCAGGCAGGCCUGAGAACAUAUAGCUUCUGAAUAAUCUAUGUUUGGAGUUUUUUUUUUUUUUUUUUUUCUCAUUGCUUGUUUUUGUUUUUAAUGAAAAAACCCUUCAAUAAAAGAGAAUUCAAAUGUUUUUUUAAAAGUGUGUACUUGUUAUCGGCGUAGAUUACAAGCCAAAAUAUGAGAGAGAUGAAGGUUUGUAAAACGUUUCAUGUCAAUCCAUGCUGGAUAUGAUUCAAUAUUUUAUUUUUCUAGUAAGCGUUAGCUUCAUUUAUUUAUUUAUUUAUUUACAUUGGAUCCCCAAUAGUUGUUACCGCAGUAACAAUUAUUCUUCCUGGGGGUUCCAGCUUUGACUUGUUGGUGGUAAGUCUAGGGGAUUAAGGAAUUUAAGGCUCCUCCUCUGAGCUCCAUAAAGAUCCGUUCAAAGUUUAAAUGGAAAUCAACAGAUUGUUGAGAUAUUUAAAUGUGGAUCAAAGUUGUGAAAAACAAAACAACCCACACUUGCCCUUCACUGCCGUGAUGAUAUGGCUGAAUAUAAGGCUGGAUUCAGCACUAGUCUGAAUUGCAUACAUUGCACCAGUUGUCCUUGUUAUCGCUGCUUAAGACGUCUGCAGGAACUUUGUCCAGCGCCACAGGAAGAUCAAAAAUAAUAUUUCACAAUUGAAAUUGUUAAGUGAUAGGCUCAUGUCAACACUCAUGUCAUGUAACCCUAGAGCUACUUUACAGUUUUGUUUUCAUUUAUUAACAAAAUAAUCAGUUUUGAAAAGUCUCCUAUUAAGCAGUUCUACCUGAAAUUAACUCGUUAACCCCGCAAAACGUUCCAGUUUUAGUGGUGGUUUAGAUUAUUGAGAUGGAUCUGGAGUAGCUUUGAAUUUGUGCUGGUAAUUAACCAUGUAAAUAGUUAAUAAUGGCUUUCUGAACUUUCUUGCAGGUACAGGAGGCCCUACUAGCUUGUCUACGGGGCUGAUGACCCUUCAAUCCAACAAUUAAACAAUGGGUGCACAUUGGAUGUUCAUGUGAACCAAACCAGAAGAGUCAAAAUAGGACGAUUUAUUCACUUAGAUCAAUAGAUUGUUCUGGACUUUUAUGUUUCCACAAAAUCCAUCCAACAUACUGCACAGAGAAGUGAGAAGACUUUUCCUGGAAUGCAAAUUAACAACACAGUCACUAAACCAGAUGUAACAAACAAAAUCCAAGCUAAGCAGCCAUUACUCUUUUAUCACGGGAUGCAGGCCCUUUCUUCAGCUAAUUCAGCUGGUUUAAGCCAUAUUUCAGUAGCUGCAGAGAGGCUCAUAAGCAUUUCAGUAAAUUACCCUCAGAGCAUUACAGUACGCUGCAGUGAUUUAUUCCAACUCUAAAGCAGUGUAAUUCUGCUUUGUCAUCACUUUGAUUUCUGCAUCGUUUCUCUCCAUGCCACAUUACCUCCACUCAGAGAGACAAAUACACCAGAAAAAAGAAAUGUGUCUUUAUAUGGCUCAUGAUUUGCAUUAGAUAUGCGGAUAAUGUUUUCUUAUGUAUGCAGAGAUGUUAAUUUAGCUCAGAUUUUUGCACAUUCACCUGUCAGGUAUAUGCUGUGGCCACCUAACAUAUCUUUGUCUGAAACCUGCCCCUCUCUUUGUAAGGCUCUGUCCCUCCCCAACAAACCAAUCUAUGAGUAUUUUACCAUCUGUCACCUUAAUCCUUGUCGAGGGAUUUGAAACUGCUGAGUGUGGCCUAAUCCUUAGCCCUCGUCUUAUGACAUACUCAAUAUCCAUCGUGACACAUACAGUCAUUGCACUACACACUCCUAUGGCUGGAGGUCCGCUUACUGCUGAAAAAGACACAAGCAUGGUGUAAGUGAAGAGACAAACACCCAGGAGUCUACAGUUUAUGUGUGCAUCCUAUUUUCAUCCUGGUUUCAUCUUCUUUGAGCAUCAAACCACUCCAAUAUGUCUGACACGGACCAAACAGGACAUGACCAGGAGUCUCCAGAGGACGACAUGGACGAGAAAGAAAAAGCCUUGAUACACAUCAGUAAAAUAAUUGAGGCUCGCCGCGCGCUGCCAUGGGAGCAGUGGACAUUAAGGGAAAAAAUGACCUUUUACGUGGACCGCUUCUUCCUUGGGGUCAUGGUCAUUUUUAUUCUGAUGUUACUGGGAGAGUUUGGCUAUAAAAUGUGGUAUGUGACAAACGUGAACAAGAUUGCAGCGUUUGUGUCAGAUUCUGUUGUCUUCCUGUUUGACUGGCUCUUCACCCAGGAGAGACAGGAGGAGUUGGCUGAAUUGUAGCUUGUUAUUAGACAGUUUAUUGCAUUUCAUUUCAGUGUUCUCUUGUUUGAGGCACUAGUAUAUAUAGUAUGUAAUAAUAAAUGUCCAUGGAACAAUCAACACAUCAUAACUAGAGAUGCAUUCAUAUCAUUGUUCUGUUACGGCAUUACUAUUAAAAUGUGUAGCAUCA